AUGACGUCGACGAUACGUUCGAAAGUUGCUGCUUCUCAAUCGACUAAUUCAUCUAUGUCACAACAGCUGCAUCCAUUUUUACGUAUACAAAUAUUAAAUUUUCAAAUAAAUAAUAAUAAUAAUCAUUAUCAAUAUGUAAAUCUAUCAAAUGUUCAAACACAAAUUGAACUCAAAGAAAGUUAUCGAUCAACACGAAAUAAUGUCGAAAAACCAGCGAAAGUGAAAUUCCCAAUUUUUAUGGAAAAAGAGAAAUGCAUUCCGUUUGAUGCUGGUCUAUUACAUAAAGUAAAACGGCAAAUCAUUAUACGAAUCCAUUGGAAUGAUGUUACAUAUACAUUUGAGUCAGAUUUAGAUGCAUUAAAAAAAAUUGCUGAUGGGCAUCGACAUCUUUUUUAUUUUACACCACUCGCUCAAUCUGAAAUGAUUAUAAAAUAUAAAGAUUCUGCGGGACAAACACGUCGUGCAGGAAUCAAUUCUCAAGGUGGUCAUCGGUAUGCUGAACGACGUCAACGAAUUUAUAAACAUUUUGGUCAUGAAUUUCUGUCAAAAGUAUUUAAAUUACCAACAUUUUGUUCUGUAUGUUCGAAUUUUCUUUGGGGUUUUUCUUAUCAAGGUUUUCAAUGUCAACGAUGCCAUUGUGUUGUACAUAAAGGAUGUUAUAGUAGAUUUGCGUGUCCAUGUACAGGAAAAAAAUAUCCUGAUCUUAAAAUCAAUAUUCCUCAUUAUUUUGAACAGCAAUCAUUUUCUUUGAAACCUGUUUUUUGCGAUCAUUGUGGAAGUUUUAUUCGACCUGGCCACCCACAUAAAUGUUCUCAUUGCGGAAUGAAUGUACAUCGUCGAUGUAUAGCAAAAGUAGGUAAUUAUUGUGGAUGUGAAGACAAUGUUUUAGCAUUGUAUGAUCAAUGGAAACAAACGCAUGAUGAUGGAUCGGAUAAUAAUUAUCAAUAUAAUGGAGAUUUAUAUAAUAUUUAUUCAAGUCUUGAUCAAACCGACCGGCAGCAAGAUGUCCAACAAGCUAUUGAACGUAUAUCGAAAUCUUAUCGACCGAAUGUAACAUCUGGAUUUAGUAUAAAUCAAUUUCGAUUAUUACGCACAUUAGGACAUGGGAUGAAUGGAGCAGUUUAUCUAGUACAACAUGGCCGAAACUAUUAUGCAAUGAAAGUACUGCGUAAAAAUGUAGUACUAGAAGGACAUGAUUUAUCUUAUGUUAUGUUAGAAAGAAAAAUCAUGGCUGAAAGUCAAUCAAAUCCAUUUAUAACUCAACUGAUUUAUGCGUUUCAAAAUGCUGAUAGAAUGUUUUUUAUAAUGGAAGCCGCUAGAGCUGGCAAUCUUUAUCGUAUUCUGUUAAAACAAACACCUCGACCAUUUUCCUAUGAACGUAUUGUUUUUCAUGCUGGCGAAAUAGCCUGUGCGCUUUCAUUUCUUCAUUCAAAAUCAUUUGUUUAUCGUGAUUUAAAGCCUGAAAAUGUCUUUGUUUUUGAAGACGGUCACAUCAAAUUAGGGGAUUUUGGUUUAUGUAAAGAAAAUAUCGAUAAACAACCAAAAGCAACAACGUUUUGUGGUACACAAGAAUAUAUAGCAUAUGAAAUCUAUAAACAUUUUGAAUAUGAUGAAAAUGUUGAUUGGUGGUCAUUGGGUAUUAUGAUUUAUGAAUUAUUUACAUUUGUAACACCAUUCUAUGAUGAAGAUGAAUCACAAGUCGAAGAAAAUGUUCUGUUUAAAGAUGUUUGCUAUCCUGAAACAAUGUCAAUAGAAGCUAAAAGAAUUAUUUCGGGUCUACUUGAACGUGAUCCACAACGACGAUUAGGAAAUAAAAAUUCGCCCUUAGGAUUACUGAAUGAAGAACCAUUUUUUAUGAAACCAUAUACAUUGAAUAAUAUUGAAAAUCGUCGAGUACCCCCACCAUGGAUUCCCAGUUCCUUAAUAUCGUUGGAACCCAGUGGAGAACAACUACGUUUAUCUGAAAUCGAACAAAAAGAUAGAGUUUUAUUAUUAUCAACACCAGCAGAUACAUUUCGUGGUUUUUCGUAUAUCAAUCCUAAUAUGACAACAAUGACAACUGAUUUAUUUAAAAGUAUUUAUAUAACUAUGAGAAUUUAUGCAACAAUUAUUCAAACAAAAUCUAUUACUUGGAAGAAUAGUAAUGAGAUUCUAAAUGGUUUAAAAUGGGCUAUGUAUUGUAGUGAAGGAUAUAAUCAUGUUAGUCAAACGGUAUAUUACGAAGAGUUUUUAAGAAAUUGUCAAACGAUACGCCAAUAUAUAUUAUCAGCAGAUAUUCCAAGUGACUUCGUGCAAAAUGCUUAUGGCUAUUUGUUACAUGCGAUAUUUUGCCGAACCGAUAAUCAUAUACAUCAUCGUGAAUUAGCUCUACGAGUAUUUUCAUCAUUAACCACGACAACAAAUCAAGCAAGUUACCAUAAUUUAUUAAAUCAAAUACGAAUCUGCAUCAAUCCAAGUCGUGCAUUUUCAAAUGCUAAUCGAUGUUUAUUAGAGGCUCUUGUUACAAUAACGAUUCAUUUGCCUAAACAUUUUGACUUUGUUUUUGAUCUUCUUCAUGAUUUAAAUCAUUAUGAUCAAAUAUGCUUAUGCAUUAUAGAAACUAUUUUUAAACGAUCUGAUCUAUCGAGUUCUUAUGAUUGUCUUAUAUCGAUGAAAAUCGAGAAAGUUCUUGAGAUACUUACUGAGACAUCUUAUGGGGCUUAUGUCAUUUUAAAAUUAUUAUUCAAAAAUCGACAAUCAUUUAUUAAGGGUUUGAAAAGUUCACUUGCUUGGCAUACAAAGAUAUUUAAUAAAUUUUCAUUUGUCUUUGCCAGUACUGCAUAUGAACCGAUACGUACAAUUCUAAUUGAUAUUUGUCGUGAUACUGAAAUUCAGAAUGUUUUGAUGGAUGAUUUAUUUUGA